AUGAAUAGCUCUUUUCCUUAUGCCGUUCCCAAGCUUUCGAAACAAAAUUAUGGGCAAUGGUGCAUUCGCAUGAAGGCGUUGCUUGGCUCAAAGGACGUGUGGGAAGUUGUUCAAAAAGGCUAUGAUGAACCGGAGGAUGAAGCGGUUUUGAAUCAAAAUCAAAAGAACACGUUGAACAAGCUUCGUAAAGGUGAUCAACAUGCCCUCUCUAUUAUUCACAUGGGCUUGGAUGAAGCCAUGUUCGAGAAAGUUGCUUCCGCAUCAAAGGCCAAAGAAGCCUGGGAUAUUUUAGAAAAUAAUUUCAAAGGAAUUGAAAAGGUGAAGAGGGUACGUCUUCAAUCUCUACGUGGUGAGUUCGAAUCUCUACAUAUGGCGGGGUCCGAAUCCGUUUCUGAUUUCUUCACUAGAGUAUCCUCCGUAACCAAUCAAAUGAGGCAAUAUGGCAAAAAUAUUGACGAUGUUCAUGUUAUUGAAAAGAUUCUUAGAUCGCUUGACUCAAAGUUUGAUCUUGUUGGUGUUGCCAUUGAGGAAUCCAAUGACUUGAAGACUAUGACCCUUGAUCAGCUCAUGGGGUCAUUGCAAGCAUAUGAAGAAAGAUUAAAGAAGAAGGGAGAGACGGCGACCCAAGUACUCCAAACUAAGGUCUCUUUGGGAGAUCAAGUGAAAAAGCAUGAAUGA